GUUGGAGCUGCAGUGGGAGGGCUCGCUGCCCCGCAACCAGCCCCGCACACACCGGAGAGCAGAGAGCGGCGAGCGAGCGGGCAGCGUCGCGCAGGGGCUGAGCAGCGCGAACCGCGGCUGAACUACUGUUCAGUUUCCACCGAAAGGAGGAAGAGCUGCGCCAAGAAGCACGCAGGACACCGCGGUUCAAUAAGAUGAGCUAGGCUGCAUUGCAUCCGUCAGGUCUCCCGCUGCCUCUUUUUUCGGAUUAAUUUGUAGAGGUAUAGCGGUAUUCCUUUUUUUGGGGAAAAGAGGAGUUCUGAGACGAGGCAUCGGAUCUCGUUAAAAAAAGAGAUCUAGCUUGUAUUUUGUUCACUCGGUUUUUGCAUUGAUGUAACGGCUCGGCUUGUCGCUCCUUGUGCCCGUUAGCUGUGCUUGUUUAAUGAGCGGUUUCAUCCUGGGACUCCGUUUAGCACUGCCUCCUGUUUCUCAGCAGAAUUUUUUUUAACAAGUCGUUUUUCCCCUCUCAUUCCGCUAUCUCAGACUGGCACUGGAGUAACGCGAGUCAGCGAAACACUGGAAUGACACGAUAUUGGCUUCUGUAAGAGCGCUGCGAAGAAUAAAAAGAAGAAGCAAAAAAAUAUAUUUACAUAGCUGAAUUCCGACUUUAUCCAGAAAGAUCGGCCCUAUGCUGAGAGGUUUGGCAAGUUUGCUGCUGCUGAAGCUUCCCCUGGCAAGUUGACGAACCAUACGGAGGCAUGCUUGUGUGAAAGGUGUCAGCGGUGGGAUUUAUCGAGCUCCACCCUUACUGUCCAUACAUUCACCACUCUACAGGCUUCUGCAGUACAGCUGUGCGGGUCCUGCCCUAUCCCAGGAGCACUGGCUGGCAGUGCCCGCCAUGAGGAAGUUUGCCUACUGCAAGGUGGUGCUGGCCACCUCCCUGGUGUGGGUGAUGCUGGACAUGUUCAUCCUGCUCUACUUCAGCGAAUGCAACAAAUGCGAGGAUAAGAAGGAGAGAGGCCUGCCUGGCCGAGACGAGGUGGUGCAGAAGCCCCAGGAGGGGCCAGGAGAGAUGGGCAAGCCAGUAGUGAUCCCCAAGGAGAACCAGGAGAAGAUGAAGGAGAUGUUCAAGAUCAAUCAGUUCAACCUCAUGGCCAGUGAGAUGAUCGCGCUCAACAGGUCGUUACCUGAUGUCCGGUUGGAAGGUUGUAAGAACAAGCUGUACCCAGAUGACCUUCCUCGCACGAGUGUGGUGAUCGUGUUUCACAACGAGGCCUGGAGCACCCUGCUGCGCACCGUCCGCAGCGUCAUCAACCGCUCACCUCGCCACCUCCUGGAGGAAGUGGUGCUCGUGGACGAUGCCAGUGAGAGAGAUUUCCUGAAGAGGCCGCUGGAGCAGUAUGUGCGGAAGCUGGAGGUGCCAGUGCGCGUGGUGCGGAUGGACCAGCGGUCAGGCCUCAUCAGAGCCCGGCUCAAGGGGGCCUCCAUCUCCACUGGGCAGGUCAUCACCUUCCUGGACGCCCACUGUGAGUGCACUGUGGGCUGGCUGGAGCCCCUGCUCGCCCGCAUCAAACUGGACAGGAAGACAGUGGUGUGCCCCAUAAUCGACGUCAUCAGCGACGACACCUUCGAGUAUAUGGCAGGAUCGGACAUGACGUAUGGGGGGUUCAACUGGAAGCUGAAUUUCCGCUGGUACCCCGUGCCCCAGAGGGAGAUGGACCGCAGGAAAGGAGACAGGACUCUGCCCGUCAGGACACCCACAAUGGCAGGAGGCCUCUUCUCCAUCGACAGGGACUACUUCCAGGAGAUUGGCACCUACGAUGCAGGCAUGGACAUCUGGGGAGGGGAGAACCUGGAGAUCUCCUUUAGGAUCUGGCAGUGUGGGGGGACUCUGGAGAUCGUGACCUGUUCCCACGUGGGCCACGUCUUCCGCAAGGCCACUCCCUACACCUUUCCUGGCGGCACGGGCCAGAUCAUCAACAAGAACAACCGGCGGCUGGCCGAGGUCUGGAUGGAUGAGUUCAAGAACUUCUUCUAUAUCAUCUCGCCGGGUGUCACCAAGGUAGACUAUGGAGACAUCUCCAACAGAGUCAUCCUGAGGCAGAAGCUGCAGUGCAAGCCCUUCUCCUGGUACUUGGAAAAUGUCUACCCCGAUUCGCAGAUCCCCCGGCACUACUAUUCCCUGGGAGAGUUUAACUGCCAUGGCAUGGGGGGUAACCAGGUGUUCUCCUACACUGCCAACAAAGAGAUCCGGACCGACGACCUCUGUCUGGAUGUGUCAAAGCUGAAUGGCCCUGUCAUGAUGCUCAAGUGCCAUCACUUGAAGGGCAACCAGCUGUGGGACUACGACCCUGUGAAACUGACGCUGGUGCAUGUGAACAGUAACCAGUGUCUAGACAAGGCCACCGAGGAGGACAGCCAAGUGCCCAGCGUGAAGGACUGUAACGGAAGCCGCUCCCAGCAGUGGCUGCUGAGGAACGUCACACUUCCCGAGAUAUUCUAGGACAAACCGCCAAGGACAGUGGACAUGCCAUUCACUAAAUGAUGAGAAAAAAAGGAGCCAGAGAAAUACAGAGGGAAAUGUUUUUGGGCUACCUCGGCGCAGACCUUUCUGCUACCCCUGUUUCGGCAGCGGGAAGGAAAAAUGAUGGCCAGACGGAUCUCCCAACUCCACGAGAGAGCACGAAGUGAGAGACACUUGGGCAUGAAGGAACAAAACUUGUUCAGUGUGCAUUUGCCUUCCUUGUGACGAGGCCGUUGUCCUAGUGCAGCUGCACAUCCGUUAUGUUUACGUGACUGCCUCUUUUAUUUUUUCAAGAUUUCUUCGUUUUUUUAUUUGUUUUGGGUUUUUUUUCCCCCGUUUUGUUUUUUUGAGAAGGAGAAAGGAGUCCUCAUGCGGGCCGCUGCAGUGAUUCAUCUUGAAGGGUCAAAUCUCGAGGACGUGUUGCGUCUGCGGUUUUGUUGAGCAAGAGCCCUCUAUCAUGGCCAUGCGCAGGCACGUCCUUCCUCUCUCGUCUGGGCAGGCCCGGCCUUCUUCCACCAGGCACUUUCCGGAAUAUUUCAUCACUCUCACGCUUGCCUUGAAGGCCCACAUUUCUUGAAGGGGAGAUCAUGGUGGAACCUGAGGCUGACUGGCAGAUGGUUUCAUGUUUGUUAACAAGACAGUAUACCAUGAGACACAAAAGGGUGUGUUUGUUGAACUCAACAAAGGUGAUUAAACAGGGUUGAAACGACUUCCUAGAAUAUAAAAAAAAUAAAAGUUUGUGAUAUCUUCACUUUUUAUGUAGAUUUUAUACAUCAAUUGUAAAAGUAUCAAUUCAUUUUUUUUAACAUUUUGGUGAGUGCCACAAAUGAUUUAGUUGUUUUUUUUGUCUGUUUUUCCAUCUUUCAGUUUUACAAUUAUGUCCAUAUAGAGCUAACAGUAUACACCUAGGUGUCUGUAUAUCCCAGGCUUGUUGCCUUCUUGAAUUUCUGUUUCAUUGUUUCAUUAUGGUUCUGUGAUGUCAUUGAUAUCUAUCUACAUUUUUUCAGUACCACUACCGCGAGAUGUCCUGUUGAACUAACUGCUGUCAUAUCACCCUCAGCUGGUCACCGUGUAAAACUCCAAGGGCUCUUUCCUCUGUGUGUGUGUAUAGUACGUGCUUCUGCAGUUCUUACGGAGUAUCUUGCUGGUCACACCAAGACGUCACAUACUCUAAAGCAGCCUUUCUCAGUAUCCCAGUGGCCAUCAGGUGCUGACAGGCUGUAUUGUGUCAAUCUGAUUGGUCAGUCACUUGUUUCACUGGGUGUCUUAAGUGUACAGAUUUAUGUGUGAGUUUGGUCACUACUGUACCUGACCUGACUCUGGAAAUACCUGCUGUAUAAGCACUUGUAGUGGAUAUGAAGACGUCCUCUGUGACUUUAUGAAUGCAAAGUAGAAAAGUCUGUAGCUUAGUAUCUCUGUUUACUAUAAAUGCGUACUUUGUCAUAUCAUGGUUUGGUCACUGGCCAAAAAAGGAUAUUAAUUUGUAAUGAAUGAUUUUGCUGUAGCACUGACAGUGCAAUUUUAUUUUUGAAUUACUCUGCUGAUUUUCAAAAGAGUAUCUGCUAUGUAAAAAGUCAUAUCCAGAGUUAGAAGUACCAAGACGCAUAUCUGACCAAAUAUGUUAUCCAUGACCAGCUCCUAAUUAAGCAGUUGACACCACACAUUGUUUUCUUAAUGCAGGUAGUUUGUCCUUGUAUCAUAUCACCAACCACAAAGCCUUAUUCCAGGUACUAUUCAUUUCAGAAUUAUUCAGUUUUAUACCAGAAUAUUGAGUUUUGAUGUGCACCCACGAGGAAGAGAAAUUGAGGUUUGCCACCUCACUUUCCUUUUGUUUUCCUAAAGUUGAUGUCGAUCAUCCUAAUUAUGUAGUUCCAUAUCUGGCUGCCUCCGUAUUAAAACUGAAUGAAAACAAUCUAAUAUGUGUAGCUUUCAGUUUCAUUUCCAUUUUUUUUUUAUUCUGAGGUUGAUGCUGCAAAAUGAAAGACAAGCCACUAGAGAUUCAUUUGUCUUCCUUCUAAAUCCUAAAGUCACCACCCACCCUCCACAAAAGAGCCUUUGUUGUGUUUCUUUCUUCAAGAUGGCCUGAAUACAGCCAACCAGUCAUUGUCACAGUUGAAGUGCUGGUGUUGAUCAUAGCAUCCUGACCAGAUGCUCAUACCCCCAGGUAGGUCACUAGAGCACUCGAUGUCUGUGUAAUUGAUUUUGACAGACACGGUAUGCCAGUUUUAGAACACUUUAUUGAAUGGGCUCUCCUAAGGUCUGUUCAUUUGUCAAACAUUUUGAGAAACAAAAUUUUGAUAAAUGAUAGAUACUGCAUGCACUAGAACAUCCAUGCAGAGUGUGGUUUAAGAUCAUGACAUGAGCAGCAAUAAGUCUUACAAUUAUCACAAUGUUAAUUGUCUCAUUUGCAGAGGUGUUUUGGGAAUACACAUUGAAGGUGUUUUACUUUGCUUUUAAGAAAAGCGUUUUAACUGUAUAUCAUGCCAAUAAAAUGUGGUGAUUUGAAAGAAAAUUAGCUCUCACAGCAGAUUAGUAGGUACAAUACUAGUUCUAUGCCAUAUAACAAAGGCUCAAGCUGUGGAUACUUUACAGUACAGUUGGAAUCAUGCAAACCAAAAAUUAAAUGCUUGAAAUCCUUCAUUAACAAGUUGCAGUCGUACUUGUAAAGAAGGGUUUUUUUUUUACAAAGUUUGCUUCUCCCUGUCUUAUGUUUAACAGUGCCCUCCAAAAGUAUUGGUACAACAGCCCAAUCUUUUAUUUUUAUUUUACAGUCAAGAAAUCCAUAUUUGUGAUAAUGAGAUUUUUAGAAAGUAGUGAGAUCCAUAUCCCUUUUUGUCUUUAGCUUGUGUAGUAAUAAAAUCCACAGCAAAAUUCCACAGCACGACAGUGACCAAAAACAUACAGCCAUCUCCAUGCAAUCAAUGAGAUUUUCAGGAGAAAUAAGUAGAAAAUCUUAGACUGGCAAAUCAGUUUCCAGAUUUCAUUUCAAUUGAGCAUGCAUUUUACAGUACAUGCUGAGAAAACAAAAAUAAAUCAACACCCAAGAGCAGGCACAAAUACCUCAAAUGAUUACACAGUUUAUUGCCUUCACUUGUUGUCUUAAACAAGAUCAAAUACUGACUUUCAAUGAAUAUGUCAAUGCUUACGGUAGCUUGAAAUCUCUAGAUUAAACACAGUAUGUUUUUGUUUUAUGUGAAUAAAUUUGUGAAUCAAAUUACCCAAAAAUAUUUAUCGGACUUAUCAUUCAUAUUAUUCUCAUGAUCACAAGUACAGAUUGCUUGUAUGGCACUUUUUGGAAGGUGUUGUUAUAGUGAUUAUCAUGUUGCUAGGCAAAGAGUAGGAGCUCGGAAUCAGAAUACAGGUACUGUAAACCUGCAAGAAUGUAUACUUCAAGAAGUUCAGAAAUCUGGAAAAGCAUGGUAACUUGACUGACACGAUCUAGGUUCUCCCACAUCUCCAGGAUUUUCUGUGGAAACUUCAGCUGGGUUUAAAAUUCUCUCCUGAUGUUUCCAAAAUAAUGGGUUUACUUUCCUCUGAAGCCCUCUGUUGUCAACACUGGUGCUCAGUACGAUUGUGGCCUCUCUGUUGUAUCACCAUGAGUCUCCCAAGUCAGCCUCGCCUCGCUCGGUCCCUUCUCCCCAUCUAAGACCUGACCUCCUGAGGAUGUAAGCGAUCAGAACCCUGUCAAAUGCUCUGUAAUGUAAUGUUGAUCAAAUUGCUUUUUUUUCUAAUAAAAUCUUAAUUUAAAAAAA